GUCACAUGUAAGCUGUUUAAGCAGAUAUCCAGACUUUCAUUCAUACGGAUAAUUUUGUGGUAGUGCGUAGGCGAGCAGACCCACAUGUCCUUGUUACAACUGUACCGCCUCCAGGCUUCCAGCACUUUGUGAGGCUCUUCAUCAGUCUGAUGACAAAGAGACUCUGGAAGAGGCAACUUCAUUCAAACAAUGUGGAAAGUAUGCUUCUGGACCUGUUUUAAAGAGGUGGCUCUUCAGGAGACGGAGAGGAGGAAAUGAGCCAGAACGGUUAUAAAAAAACAAGAGGGCUGACUAACGUGUGUAUCAUAUAUUAUGGAUGUAGGCAAUUUCUACAUUAAUUGCUAUGACAGACAAACGUCUAUCUCAGAUGACUCUUUGGCAAAGAGUCUCCAAGCAAGGAUUGGCUUUUCGUUUUUGACAGGGUUUGUGCACCUACAAGACUUCAGCCAGCAAACCAGAUGGUGCACACCCUGCCUUUUCUGCUCUCCUUGAACGGCUGUUUCUGCAAUUCUGGGCUCAUGAGUCAAGCAGAGGGGUGGGGCUCUGAUGAGGAGGGAGGCGCCAGUGAGAGGGCCACGCCCAUUUCGGCAAUAGCUCCAGAAGCUGAUUCACUUCAUGAACAACCUGCUGUCAUAUCAACAAAUCCAGCCCUGCAGUCCCUGGAACAGCUGUUCUCCAUGGGAAAGAUCACCGGGGAGAAAGUGGCUCGUCUUAGGGCCAGUUUCAACCUCUUACAUGAAACUCUGAGAAGUUCUCAGGAGUCAGAAAUGCAUCUGCUGCAGGAGGCAAAGGCCUUACGUACCACGCUGGAGCAGCAGAAGCAGGAGCUGGAGAAGGCCGAGCUGUUUCCUGAGGGACCGGACACAGAGGUCAGCAGACUGAAACAGACGCUUCUGCAGUACUACAACCAGCUGAAGGAGGAUGAAGAAAGAGAAUACCAGAUGCAGUUCCAGUUUGAGUGUCUGAAAGAGGAGAAGCUCUGUCUUGAGAAAGAAUACGAGGAACAACCUAAACAGGCUGAGCUAGAAAAUAGGUACAUGUCCUUGAAGAACAGUUGUGAGGAGGUGAGGAAAGAGGUGGUUCAGCUUCGACAGGAAGUGAAGACUUUAACUGAGAGUAUGGAGACUCAACAGAAUCAAAUAAAGAAAGAACAACAUGAGCUGGAGAAUUUAAAAGAUCUGGUUGAAAGUAAUGAGGCUGAGCUGGCCCAGGUGCUUCUCAUACCCGUUCAACUGGGAAAGGAGAUCGACAGGGUCGCCCACAAGAAAUCGGAGCUAGAGAGGCAGAUUGCAGUAUUAGAGCAACAUCGUAUGGAACACGUGGAGCAUCAGCAGAGGAUGGAGGCAAAGUGCGAGGUGGUGAAGGAGGCCAAAAGAGAGGUGGUACGAGAACUAGAAGGCCACAAGUCUCAGCAGGUGGCUGCAGAAAACAAACAAGACAGACUCCUCAAAGAACUGCAGAUGACCAAAGAAAAAGAGGCCAUGUUCAUGGAUCAAAGGGGUCUGCUGGACAUCAACAUGGAGCAGGUUGUUGCUGAGUGCAAGUCUCUGCGUGAUAAACUGGCUCGAGAUACACGGCUGAAAGACAAGCUUAUGCAAGCCCUGAAGAGGAAUGAACUGCAGCUUAAACAGGCCAGAGAUUCUCUUGCUAACACUCAACAGCAGCAUGAGAGGACCCAGGCUCAGAGAGAUACAGUUCCAGAUGGUGACUGCUUGUUGCAGAGAAGAAGUGAUCUGGAAAAGGAAGUGGAAAACCUAAAACGCAGUUUGAUUAGCAAGCAGUCUGUGGCAGGGCUGAAGGUCCAGCUGGUUCAAGAGUAUGUGGAGCAGGAACAGGCUUUGAUUAGAGAGUCCUAUCGCCGCAGAGAUGAACUUCAUCACCUUCAUCAUCUCAUACUUAUCAAAGCAGAAGAAAGAGAGCAGAAGAGCCGUGAGCUGCUCAAAGCACAACUAAAAUAUAAGUGUGUCAAGCAAGAUCUGCAGGGGAAAGGACUGGUUAUUCAAGAACACUUGAAACAGACUCAAGAGACCCAGUCAAGGCUAAGUGUGUUUGCUAAACUAUAUGAAGUCACCAAGGGCGAACGGAACAAAUACCUGGGCCUGAUCCACAUCUCAAACCAGAACCUGGCAGAGGCGCAAGAGAAGCUGGCCAAACUGGAAGAAAAUCUGAAGACGCUGCAAUCGAUUGCUUUCAACAAAGACAAGUUGCUGCAAAAGUCCCGUCUACAACAUUCUCACAGCUACAAGCUCAGAGACCGUAUGAAGAACGAGCUCUCAAGGGUGUUACAGGUUCUACAAGAAAUGCACCAGAAACGAGAGGAGCAGAAAUUAAGCCUCGGAAAGCUCACGGACACAAUCGACAUGCUGGAGCAAAAAAAGCUGCAUAUGUGCAAGUGCUAUGAGGUUGCCACACAAGAACGCAACCAGCGAGCCGUGCAGCUUGUAAAAAAAGAGCAGGAAUUGUGUAUUUUCUACGAGAAGCUAAAUGUGCUGGUGAAAAUGAUCGAAAACAGCAACCUGAAGAUACAGAACAUGGAGGAUAAUAUCAGCAACCUGAAAAUUGAACAAAAAGAGCAAGAAAGACAGAACAACCUUUUCAGGAAACAGCUGUCCAGCAAACGGUCUCUGGAGGAAGAAAGCGUCUUAUUACAAAUACAGCUGUCUGAGACCAAAGACAAACUGACAGAGCUAGAAAAGACUGUUGUGAACCAUACAAGAGCAAGAAAACUGAGUGGAGAAGAUCCAUCUCCAGAGGAGCUCAUCAAGAAGAUUGAACAGUUAGAGGGGCAUCUGGCAGAUAAGGAGGCUCAGCUCUUGGAAAUGGAGCUUGUGUAUGAGCAGGUUGCACGCCUUUCCCAGCGCAUCCAAAUCAAAGCUGAGAAUGGUAAAGAAGACACAAUAAAUCUGGCUAAGAAAGUGAACGAGCUGCAGGCUCAGAUCAGAGAGCGCACUCGUAAAAUGAUGGCGGUGGUGGCGGAGCUUUCCAUGCGACAGGCAGAGUGUAUGACCCUACAGCAGGAGAUGAAAGACAAGGAACUACAGCUGGACUUGUGUCAGAGGCGCGCAGAGCAGGGCCUGCCACCCUCAGACAGCAUAGAGAACGAGUGGCUGCGUUACCUUCGAGAUCAGCACAGACGCCAGGCAGACGCAGAGAAAAAAGCCAGGCUGGCUGAGGAAGACGAGUGGAACCAGCUUCCAAAUGGUGUUUACACCACGGCUGAGCUGCGACCCAAUGCUUACAUCCCCACUGACGAUCCUUUGCCAGUUCCCAAACACUACGGAGCCCUGACCCCCUUUAAACCCACCGAACCCGGUGCCAACAUUCGCCACAUACGCAAACCAAAAUACAAACCUAUUGAGAUCUAGACAGCCCAGUGAAGCUCCUUCUGGUGGCACGCUGGGAAUUCAGAGAGAUUCUUUAGAAGCCAGAGAUGCGCGGUGGGGGAAGAGACAGACAUAAUGCUAUGCCCUCUGGAGCCACGCACAGCUGAAUCAUACCGGGAAAUUAGAAAAUAUAUGGGAAUGUGGACUAGACAUGAUUUAAAUUUAAAAUAAAAACAACAAAACAUUUAAAAAUACUAAUGCCUGAAAGUCCUAUUUUGUGGGGUGU